AUGAUAUGGAUAAAUAAUAGUGGAUCUGAUGAUCAGAAGGUUGGUGAGCUGUUGGAAUCUAAAUCCCGAUAUAAUAAACCUACGCUGGCAAAGCUAGGAACUCUUGCUCUCAAAACAUUCUGCAAGCCCAUUGCCAAUCGUCUUAAGAAGGAAGCAGGGUUGCACCCCAAGUUCCGUCACUUCAUCAUCAACAUUGCCCAGGCAAAUCAUAGAUUCACGACAAAAAUGCAAAGACGCAUUUAUGGUCAUUCAGUCGAUGCAGUAAUACGACCCUUGGAUGCAGAGAAGGCUGUCCAAGCUGCUGCUGAUCUUAUUGGGGAGCUCUUUGUGUUUUCGGUUGCUGGAGCUGCUGUUAUUUUUGAGGUGCAAAGAAGUUCCAGAUCUGAAGCACGAAAGGAGGAGCAGCGAAGACAGGAAAUAGAGGAUGCACCAUCACUAGAUAAAGGGAUAGCUGGCACCAUGAAGAUUAGGAAGUACCAAGUACUGGAUGCCUCUAGAAACCUUGAAAUAUUAGUGGAGAUAUUCAGAUCAAGAGUACAGGGCCUAGCUGAUACCGCGAUGAAGCAAAGAGAUGAAGAAUUAGCAAAAGAAAUUCAGGUUCUCAAACAGAAACUUGAUGAAGUGGAACAGCUUGCUAGAGGACGAGGACUUGGUGGCCUUUUCCAUUUCAGGCACGGCCAUGCUAGCGAAGAUGGAAAUGCGAAACCAACUUGA